AUGGAAAUCGAAUCUUCUGGCAACUUUGACCUUUUGAAGCGCGUAAAUGUCGCGUAUAGCCCCAUUACAGUCUCCAAAUGGCGAAGCCGCGUCACUGGACUGACCGUCGUGCACAUUGACUAUGAAGGUGAGGCUAUUUCCAUGUCCAAUUCGCGUUUUGAAGGGGCUGAACGUUCGUCCUCGUUUGCAGCUCCGAUCGUCAAGGGAUACUUUGCAGUCGCCACUGAGAUCUUUAAUGACAGUGGAUGCCCACACACUCUCGAGCAUCUAGUCUUUAUGGGUUCUGAAAAGUAUCCGUACAAGGGCGUCUUGGAUAAUCUUGCAAAUCGUGCAUUCUCAGCCGGGACAAAUGCGUGGACGGAUACGGACAAUACAGUGUACACUAUCGAAACUGCCGGGCAGCAAGGGUUUUUGCAGCUCCUCCCAGUCUACGUCGACCAUAUCCUCUACCCGACCAUGACUCAGAGCUCGUUUGUCACAGAGGUCCAUCACAUUGAUGGAAAGGGAGAAGACUCGGGUGUCGUCUACUCGGAGAUGCAGGGUCGUGAAAACACGUCUGGAGAUCUCAUGGCAUUACGAGCACAAAGAGCAAUGUAUCCAACAGCCAGCGCCUACCGAAGCGAGACUGGAGGGCUCAUGGAAGCCCUACGCGUGCUCAACGUAGAGACGAUUCGUGACUAUCACAAGUCGUACUAUGUCCCACACAACCUCUGCUUGAUCGUCGCGGGCAGAUUGUCCACACAAGAUCUGCUCGGCGUGCUCCAGCACGAGACCACAGGGUGGAAACGACCAUUCCUAGAGACGGCGAGUGCGGUGCCACCAGUGAUAAAGGAGACAAAGAGCGAGACAGUAGAGUUUCCCGAGUCUGACGAGAGCGUUGGAGAAUUGGCAUUGCAUUUCCUGGGUCCGGCUCCGACGGAUCACUUGACCCUCAAGGCCAUUGAUAUCCUAGGAGUCUACCUGACCGAUACCGCAGCAUCUCCGUUGACAAAAGAGUUUGUAGAGAUUGCGUCGCCAUAUUGCACGUACGUCGCGUUUUAUGAGUGCACGCGGUCGACGUUUUCGGAACUGGGGGUCUAUUUCGGCUCUGUCCCAACUGAACAUUUGGAGACGCUUGAUAGGCUCUUUAAAGCGAGCAUACAGAGGAUUGCAAAAGAAGGCCUGGACAUGGACCGCAUGAAUACCGUCAUUUCUCGCGACGAGCUCAAGGCGUGUGAAAACAAGGGCGGCGACCUGUUCUCCAAUGCUAUGAUCAAUGACUUUGUCUACGGUGACGCAGACGGAAACGAUAUUGUCGCAACCUUGGAGCAACACCACGACAUUCUCAAGUCGUGGACAAGCAAGCAGUGGACAGAUCUACUUCUCAAAUAUUACGAUGCCGAAGCGCACGGAAGAAAGGCCAGAGUCGAGGAGCAGCGGAAACGGCUAGGCGAGGAUGGGCUAGCAAAGCUGGAAAAGCAACUGGCCGACGCCAAAGCCGAACACGAGAAGCAUAUUCCAGAAGAUAUUCUGACUAAUUUCCCGCUACCGGACGUAAAGGGCAUCUCAUGGAUUUCGGUUCAAAGUGCUGCCAAUUCACCUGAUGGGAUCAAGCCGGGUCAGGACGCUCAGCUUGUGCAACGUUCGCAAGAGCUCGCACAACACCUGCAGCAGGAUGCAACUUCACUCCCCUUGACAGUGCAAUUUGACCAUGUCGUGUCGGAUUUCACGACUGUUCACGCAUUCCUAUCUCUCGCAUCACUUCCACAAGAACUUCGUCCAUACGCCGUAUUGCUCCAGAUGAACCUCUUCAACCUCCCAAUGACACGUGCCGACGGGACAAAACUGAACCACGAGGACGUGAUCAAUGCUCUCAGCAAAGAUACAGUUGCUUAUGACGCUGGGUUCGGCGUCGACUCUCUCCUAUCAGAGCUCCUUCGGCUGUCGAUCAAAGUGGAGACAUCCAAAUUUGACAUUGCCGUCAGUUGGCUACGCGAUGUGAUCUUCCGAAGCGAGUUUACCAAGGAGCGCCUAGAGGUCACGCUGGCCAAGGUGCAGCAAUCCUUGCCCGAGCUCAAGCGGAGCGGGAAUGGAGUGGCGAGGGCAUUUUUCAGCGAGCUGGUGUACGACAAGUCUCUUACUCUAGUUAAUGGCGGCCUACCUGCGCUCAUGGAAUGGGUCCCUCGAAUGUUGGACGAGGUGCAAAACGAUACCGAGGCAGUGAUUCAAAAAUUGGAAGAGGUUCGCAAAAUACUCAUCCAGCCAUCUUCGUUCCGAUUUUCUGUCACCGGCGAUGUCUUGAAGAUCCCAAAGCCUAAAGCAUCAUUGGCCGCCAAUUUCGAAGCCCUUCCGGCAACUCGACCACAGCCAUUACGAUGGAGCAACGAGGCCCUGACCGCCCUCGGAAAGCAGCCUCAGAAAAAGGCGGUGAUCGUGUCUUUACCGACAAUCGAAAGCAGCUUUGCCAUUCAUGCCGCACGUGCAUUUACGGGUUUCCAACACGCCGAUUACCCUGCACUUCUCAUGGCGCUAGAAGUGUUGGACGGCACCGAGUCGUUCCUAUGGAAAUAUAUCCGCGGUUCGGGACUCGCAUAUGGUGCCAAUACCGGGUUGAACCUGGAAAGCGGGCUGGUUUCGUUUACGCUGUAUAGGAGUCCAAACUCGUACAAGGCGUUCCAAGAAGCGGCCAAGGUGGUCAAGGGGCUCUGUGACGGUUCCAUUGAACUGAAGCAAACCAGCAUGGACGCCGCGCAGAGUAGUCUGGUAUAUGCACUGGCGAGACGUGUCUCAUCGCCAGGCCAAGCGGCGUUCACCUCGUUUGUAAACCAGGUCCUCAAGGGUGUUCCCCAAACCUGGGAACAGGACAUUCUCGCAAAGCUCAAGGCCGUCACACCACGGGAUGUUAUAGACGUGCUUCGGCGAUAUGUGCAGCCCAUUUUCGACCCUGCUACGUCGAUUGCGGUAGUAGCAUGUGCACCUGGAAAGGUCGAGGACAUUGCCACCGGACUUUUAUCGGAGGGCUACGAGGUGGAACGAAGGAGCAUCGAGGUGAACGGUGCAGACGAAGUGGGCUCAGAGGAGGGGAGCAGCGACGAGGGCAGCACUUCGAGUGAGCGCUCUGGGAUGAGUGACGAAGACCCUUUCUCUGAUCCUCCCACAAUCUUGGAACCGCCCACCAGAGGCCGCCCGACGACUCGUGACAAAAUGGAACCAGAAAUCCAGGAAAUUCGCAUCGUAGAACCAAAGUCAAAGUCCUCUCGCUCGGCUGCUCCCUCUGGCACCACAGCACCUCCAGUUCCACCAAAGAAGCGUUCAUCCUCCCAAGACGGCGUCCUCCAGGCCGCUGCGGUCGCGGAAAAGGCACGUGCAGCCAAAGCAGGCGGAAAGGCCAACAAGAAGGGCGGUCUGCACGUCGACGUGAUUGAUCGUCUCGAUUGGAGCGGUGUUGGUCCUGCCACGUUCCAUCAUGAUGGCCCGUUUGAUGCCUGCGCUCCCUCAAGAAACCGACACCGGACCAAAGCACCAAUGCUCGCGUGGACACCCAGUCAUGACGAGACUCUGGAGCAAAACGGCGUCCUCAACGCUUCCAACGGCAGGGAGCCGCGGUCCGCACCACUGGUGGACAGCCUAAGCAAUAUGGGAAUCAAUGACGGCCCAUAUGGAGCCGCCGCGACCUCACCCACGACCAAGAAGAGCAAAAAGGAUCAAUUCGAGUACCCUAGACGCCCAGCGUCGCCCAAACGUCGAGAUACGCUCGCGGAUGCGUGGGGCAAAGGGGAGCCAGAGCCAUACGAAGAAUUUUUCGCGGAAUCCGUAUCUGCUUCGGGUGUCGGUCACGGAGAAUCCGGUCUGGCUUCUGCUGCCAGCUCCAUCCACCGAGGCCACGACGGUCAUGGCAAUUCGUCGGCAAACGGAAAGUCGAAUAGACGGACGAACAACGGUGUUCGUCGACCCACGAACCGGCCACCUCUCCCACCCCCACAACCAAUCUUCCCAGAGGCGACUGCAAACGUCAACGGCGAAGACGAUUAUGCGGCCAAUGACAUUGCCUAUUCGUCCUCUGGUGGCGGAAACGGUCCCCGGCGAUCCAAAUCGCUGAUGCAACGCAUCAAAAAGAUGCGCGACGCGCCCAAUGUCCCAGUAGAAUAUGACGAAACACCAAACGACCAGUCUGGCUCGUCAUCUGAGAAUCACAUGAAUGGAAGACCGACGCACAAGCCUCAGAACUCGAUUCUCGGACGGAUGGGCAAGCAGUCUCCGACUUCUCCAGGCUUUGCUGCCGGCGAUUCUGCGGGAGACAAAGCACUGCCGGGUCUCCCCCCGGCCAGUGUUAGUCCAAGAGAGGAUGGAUCGGGCGGAUAUUUCGAUAGGGGACUCGGCCGCAAGACGAGCAUUAUGCAAAAGGUUCGCGGCGUCGUCGUUGGCAAGAAGUAA